UGUCAAUCAGAUGUUUCAAGGUCUCGGCUUUGAUAAUCAUAAAAGAAAAAGAGCAAAAAGAAAAAGUAAAAAAGAAACCGUAUUAAUCCUACGUGUUACGCGAAUAAACCGUGCGUUAAUUAGCGAUAUUUUCGUUCGAUAAUCAUCAGCGAAUCUCCCUAACAAGCGCGUACCACGUUGCGAUUAAAUCCAAACGCCAAAAAAGUAUGCCCAACCCCGUCGAGCGAUAAUUGUCUACUCUACGAUUUUCCAAUAAUGAUCAAUCGCCCGUUUUCCGCUUCGAAUCCAACGAACCGCUAAACAGCAUCUAAACGCGACGAUGAGUAAGGACGAUUUCGACUUGUUACACCAGUUCAGGAGGGAGCACAUCAGCAAUGCGGCCCAGGACCUGUUCAGGGGCCUCGAGGACCGGAGCUUCGGAUUCUCCAAGAAAAACGCCAAAUCCCGUGAGAGCAUCGAGCUCUUCGCCGAGGAGGAGUUCAUCAGGAAGACGGACUACAAGGAAUUGCGCUGCGAGAUGCCCGGAAUGCCCAGGAGCACUUUCCUGAUGGUAUUCAGCCCGGACGGGUCCAGAGUGGCCUCGACCCACGGUAACCACAACAUAUACAUAACGGAUUUGCGAACGGGUAAAAACAUCAAAACGCUCGUUGGGCAUCCACGAACGCCCUGGUGCAUCGCCUUCCAUCCCACUUCUGAUCAAAUCAUCGCAUCGGGCUGUUUGGGCGGACAAGUACGCAUAUGGGAUUUGAGCGGCGGUAGCGAAGUUUGGACUGCCGUACAUCAAACAGUAAUCGCCUCGUUGGCUUUCCACCCCAACGAUCGAGUCCUAGCCAUCGCUACGUCGAAUUGCAUCUACUUUUGGGAUUGGAGCAAGCCUGAACCUUUCGUUAGCGCAGCCACUUAUAAUGUCAAAGAAAAGGUUCGAUACGUUGCAUUCGAUACGUUAGGCCACAAAUUGAUAACCGGUAUAGCGAAUUGUCCAACGACCAGAUGGGAGAAGGUCAGCGCUCCGAGACAGGAAUGGUGCGCUAGUCCUUAUAGAAGAAGGAUCACUCAGAGGUUAACGAACAAUCAACCGACGCCCCUACCUUCGUCUAGUUCGAACAACACCAACUACAACACGACGCUGUUGAUAGACUCGCUGUUGAGCUUCCCCGAACGAGAGCAACGCAUAUCGAUGUGCUACAGGACGUUGGUGAGGGAAUACGAGCAAUUGGUCGAUAGAUAUUUGCAAUUGUACCGGUCGCCUACUAUGAUCGAUCGAGGCACCGAUCCCAUGGAGCAAGACCAAUCGUUCAACAACAGCGGUACGCAAACCACCGAACCGCAACCGGGCCCCAGCGGAACCUCACAAAGGAAACCGAAACCGCCCAGCGAGGUUGUAUUAGACGAAUGUCUACCCGGUACCUCCGGUACGCAAACGUCCAACCGAGCAUCGCCUGUAGAAGAUGAACCGAGCAAUGAACCGAGCACUUCCUCGCAAUCCCCAUCGAAAUCCGCCUAUAAUCUCUUGACCCCGAGUCGGAUAUUCUCGGUUAUUAAAAAAAACACGUUGAUACGCGGCACGCAAACGCCCGAAUCGCGCAAACACAAAUCCGACGACUCGGACGAGCCCAAAGAGAAGCGAUUUAAGAAGUCGAACGGGGCUAAAACCAAGUCCUCGAAGCGAUCCACCGACGGCCGGACGAAUUCCACGCAAACCGAGCAAUCCGCGCCCACUCCGAGGAUCGUAGUACCGUUGGAUUCGAAGCCGGAACCGUCGGAUUUCCGCGUGAGAAGUACCGGCGAGAGGGAGGCGGAGGCGGUGCCGGGGCCCAGCGGGUUGCAGAGGCGCGAUUCGGGCGCUUCGAGGCGUCAGGAGAGCACCGAAACCGAAGAGGAAUCGAGCGCUAGUCGUCGAAACGAGGUGUCCGUCGAUGAGUUGCUUACUAAUAUAAAAAGAACGGCGGAAGAGCGCGUUAGGAAUCGAAUUUUGCCGAUUAUACGAUCACUACCGGCUACCGAUAGACCGAAAUUGUACAGGUUGUUUAACAACAUGAACUUCCACCAGAUGUAUCCGAAUUUGCUGCGCAAAACCAACAGGCGCAAUUUGAAUCCAGCCGAUACCACAUCGGACAGUAGUAGUUCGGACGAUGAUGACAACAGCAAUUCGACGAGUAGUUCGUUUCAAUUCGACGAUUUCGCGGCCAUUCGACCGACGGGUCGUUUGAACAAUUCCGGUUCGAACGCUUGCGCGGAACUGGAGCGACUGGUGACCUUCCUGACCGAGGCCGAUACGGAGACCGAGGCGGAGGACAACGGCACCGAUAGGGGCGCGCAAACGUCGAGGGAAGAGGCCGCCGGCGGUGGAGACAGCGCCAAUUUCCAACCGCCUUCUACCGUAGUUAAUACUACAACGACUACUACUAAUUCUACGAUAUAUACUUCGAACACGAACGCUCCGAGAAGGAGAUUCUUCUCACACAGAUACUCGGCUUUCAUGCCUACCAGAGUGAAUUAUAUUAGACACAGGAGGAUGCCGCAUUACUGGAGAACAUCUAACAGAUACCAUUCUAGACCUUACGGUAAUUCGACGUUCGGCGUCGACGAGCUGUUCAAUUACUCGGAAUUGGACAAUUCGGAGGACGAUCCGCCGCCGCCGCCUCCGCCGGACGCGGAACACCCGGAGCAUCCCGAACCGGCGGCCGCGGCGACUUCGGAGACUUCGGUGAACGAUAUGUAUUCGAAUAUCAUCAGAGAAUUGGAGGGUAGUUUGGAGAACGUGGCCAGGAUGAGGGCGAAUUCGCGACCUUCGGAGACUUCGAACAUAUUGAGUAACUUCGCCGAGCGAUUGGAGAGCGUGCUGAACCAAUCCGACGUUCUAUUGAGGAAUUUGAACUUCUCGGCGUCUUCGAUCGAUAUACUGGAAUCGAACACUCUAGCCGGAAGGCAAAACGAAUCCGAACCAUCGACCAGUUCCUCGAGAUUGGAGAAUCCCGCUCUAUCGCCCGACGCCAACAACUCGGAGUUGCUCAAUUUGGGCGAUUUGUUCAACGAUAAUUUGAGCAACUACAACGCCGUCGCCGCCGAUCACACCUACCCGAGGAACCCCGAUGACAUCCAACACGCGCAGCAUUUGAACGAGAAUGGUACCCCCAACGUGGCCACCAUUUUCCUCACUAUAAUGCACAUACGCAGACAAGCCAGGCUGCUCCGGCAACAAGUGGAUAAAAUCGAACGAAUCGAUCGUGCGAUGCUCGAGAUCGAGCAGCUGCAGCUCAUCCGCAGGAUGCUCAUCGAACUCACUCGAUACGUGAGCAGCAGCGGAACAUCUCCUGCUAGCGAAGGCGGUUCUUCGCGCACUUCGGGCGCCGGUUUGUCGAGCGUCAGACAGAUGAUGGCGGGCACGCGCAUCAGCGAUUCGAGCCCCCGCGAAUCCGACGCAGAAGAGACGCCUGUAGCACCGGCAACAGCGCGAAGGGAUGUAGUAGAUGGAGGUGGUGAAGGGACGAGUUCGAGUAGUAGUAGUAGACAGAGGAGCGGCGGUAGAAAGACCUACCCGCCUUCGAGGAUGUGCCGCUUGGUGAGACAGUUCCGCAGGACGCCGGUAUGGCGUUUCGUCCUGCGACCUUACGCGAAUCGCUCCGAUAGAUCGUCGUCGCGGUAUCGUAUCGCUUCCAGAUCGACGUCGGGCGGCGGCGGCGCGACGCCCGACGCCGCCUCUUCUUCUUCAUCAACUCCAUCGAGUAGUAGAGAUUCGACGCCGAACACCAUCAAUUUCCUCACGGUGAUCAACGCGAAUACGCUGUCGUUGAUGACGAGACGAUUGGAGCAGUUGCUGGUCGAAGGGAAGAGUACCGUUUGCAUGGAAGGGCAGACCAGAAGGGAUAACAGAUUGCCGUUUAGCAACGAUUUGGGCGAGCACGUGCUGGCGUUGAGGUUGAACGGGUGCGUGUUGCGCAUGAACAGAAUGUUGGGUAACAGCGUGGGUUCGAAUUGGAUAGGAAGCUACAGAGGCGAUCCUCUAUCGACUGUUACACGCGAUGGGAUAUCCCGUUAUAGCGCUAGGCACACUUUGAGUUUGAUCAUCGAUUGUAUGACGAGACACGUCGAAAAUAAUUUGCCUAUACCACCGGGAUCUCAUAUGGGCACGGUGCUCGCUAUGGCUCUGCUUCUAACGGAGCUGGCGCUGUUGGUGGUGGUCGAUUCGAUACCGUCGGCUAACAUGGCGAAUUUGGCGAGCGAAUCCUCAUCGUUGACGUCUCGAAUCGCCCGGAUCUUCGGCCAAAUGUUGGCGACUCGACAGAGCACCUAUUCGAAUCAAUUGACGAGCAACCUGCGCUACGUGCAGAGCGCCUUGGGGCAAACGUACCGCGCUCGGAGCACCCUCUUACCGCUACCGAACAGCGACAACGACAGGCGCGUUCUACUCGGCACCAUCGACAGAUGUCUGAGGAUCAUCAGGGAUCAACGACGCGCCGAUACCAACAACGCGGCGGCUCAGCAAUCUCAAUCGCAGGCUCAAGCGCAAGCGCAACCCCAACCGCCUCCGCCUCCGCCGCCCGCGCCGUCUUCAUCGACUCAGGACGCGCCCGAGUCUUCGAGUUCUUCGAACGUCUACCAUCCGCAGAUGACGCACAUAUCUCAGAAUCCGUACAUUACUCAGAACCCGUCGCCGACGGCUCGCAACAAUCCCGAAUGGUGCUCGUCGGUGUUCAAUUUGAUAUCGCAAUUGUCCAAUAGCAUCGAGGAAUCGACGCGCAACAGCAGAGAACGAGCCAGAUUAGCCGGCGAACCGGUUAAUGACGCGUCGAGUAACAACGAGAACAGCGAAGACGAAGAAGAGGAACCGGACAAUUACACGUUCGGCAGUAACUUGUAUCGAUCGAGCAACAUCAACCUCUCGCCGAUCACCUCCGAACAACAGGAAUCCAACGCCGCAUCGGCCUCGACAUCGCAGCAAUCCAGAUAUAGACCGUGGAACGUGCCGUCGGUGCAAGUCAACGACGUGCCCGUCACCGAACCGACGCCCUUCCAGCGGAUGAAUCGCACUCGAUUCGCCGAGCGCGUCUCGGCGCUUCGGUCGAGCUCGCAGAUCGGCGGUCUCUUCCGCCCCCGGUUUCUCCAUCCGCUCUAUUCGAGCGUCAAUCCGUUCGACGCCGAUCUGGACGAUCCGCAGCGCGAGCAGAUCUACGACAGCGACAUGAUCACCACCGUGUCGCCCAAUCAUCGCAUCCAAUGUUGGGACGCCAGCGAUUGGAGCGUACCGAACAUCGGCAGUCCUACUAGAAAUCUGGUGGUGGGCGAGUGUAAGAUCCACAACGAUGCCAGCGUGGAUAUAGCCAAAGACGGGACGAUUUUGGUCACUCUGCUCCCUUCCGGCGGUUAUUUGAACGUUACUAAUCGUCUAGGCGUGUACAGUUUGCGUUGGGACACAUUGGGACAGUGCCUGUACACGACGUCGUUCGAACAGAACGCGGUGUCCGUUUCUCUGUCGCCGCUCAGCCAACAUUUGGUGGUCGGUUUGGCGAGUAGGAUAGUGACGAGCGACAGAUGGAUAAUGGCGAGGAUAUUCAAGAUUCAUCAGAAAGAGGAGCCGGGCGAUCGGUUGCCGGUGAUUAGGGAAUUGGAGCAGAGCAGGGACAGUCGGAUAAAUUGCAUCAGGUGGUUGCCGAUGUCGGGGCAGGGGUUGAUUUACGCCACCAAUACCGGGCAACUGGUGGUGUUGACUUAGAUGGAGGAAAGUAAGGGUGUUUUUUUUUGUGUAUUUUUUUUAAAUGUGUAUUUUAGCACGAUUAUUAGUUUUUUUAUUAGGGCAAACGAGAGGUUUUUACGUUCGAACUAGUCACAAGAUUGUUUCGGUUUCUUUUUACAUACUUUUUACUGUUUCGUUUUUCUAUUAGCAAGCCCUGUUUUUGAUUUAUUUGGAAUUGUAAUUGCAUUUUAGUUGUUUCGAAUUCCUAUACUAGAAUAUUUGAAUGUCGUGUUAAAGACUAAUAAGCUCAUUUAAAUAGGAUGAUGUAAGUGUAUUUUUAUGUUGUUACUUUAAAGAAAUAUCUUGCUAUGUACGAAUUACACGCGAGUUAGUGUGUAAUCGUUGGGUAUUUUUCGCAAAAAUUAUUACAGAUACUGCCAGAAAAUUAGUUUCUGAAUUUUAACCGUAGUUCGAGUAGGAUUUAAUUAUUGAAAAAAAAACCGCUCAGUAUGUGAUUUACUGCGAAAUAUCUGCGCUUUGAAUAAUUUAGCUAACGAGAUAUUAAAUUAAUGGUGUUGCAAUAAAUAAACUUGUGAUUUUUUUAGGAAGUACAUUCAUAUAAUGGUUGAGCGUUUCUGAAUAAACCGCCCUACUUCCCACCCCUUAUAUAAUACAUGAUUAUUUUUUAACAGACUAACCGUGGAGUUUUAUCGAUUUAUUUUAAAUAUUUGUAUUCUAUUCAACAUUUAGCUAUUCGAUUUAUGUAGAAAUAUGUAUUUUUUUAGGCUUACAACAAUGAUUUGACUGUUUGACAACUGACUUUGACUGAUUUUGAUGUUAAAUUAUAAUCGUUUUAUUUUAAUAUACAUUGUAAUGCUUAUUUGUAUAUAAUUAUUAAACAGGUUGAAAAAUGCGUUUAAUCAUUUUUUAAAAUCUCUAAUUCGAAUUUAUCGUUAACGGUAACCGAAUGCUUGUUAGGUAAGAGUCAAGCAAAAGUCUUUGACUUGUGACGUGGCCGAUAAGCCGAGUAGUUAAAGUCUGUUUCAACAAAAAAGAAGAAGACUUUUGACAGCAGUUUGAAAUAAUUGUACAUGAAUUUUCGCUUAUUUCCCUAUAAAAAUCUAAUAAUUAAACUGGUAAGUAAUUCUCAACUAAUCAACAUCUUUACAUUCAACCUUCCAUUGCUGAAUACUGACAGUAACAUCCGAUAAACUCCGUUUAAACGUUUCGUAAUCGCAACCAAACUCGCAUCCAUUGAUGUACAACGGCCUCAGCGUAUCCUCCUCUGAUUUAUACGCAACGUUCAUCACGAACACUCCGUUAAUUCGCCUCAAUUCCCACAUUAUAGCGUCUCCGAAACCGAUGGGCCGGAAAUUGAACAUCCUCAUGGCGCCCAAGAUGGCGCACAAAGUCGAAUCGUGAGCGGAGAACAUGAGAAACUUGGGCGUUUCGCUCGUCAAUCCGACGAAAUUAUCGAAGUGCUGGAAGAGCCGGUGGAAGAAGGGCCCGAUGUGCAAACGCGCUUGGUGAGUUUUCAAUACGGGAAUGUAAGACUUCAAGCCUGCUCUUAUAAAACCGCGUUAAUUCACUUAUUAUUAUCUAAUCGGUAAUUAUAAUUACCUGCUAGGAAAUCUAGUGACUUGGCAUCGAUGUGGUCUAUCCAAUCGGGUACGAAGCUCCGAUUGUACUGCCUGUAAAUCUUAAUAUUCUUGUGUAACAUCCGAACAUCGCUCAACGUCACGUCCUUCCAUCCCGUUUUAUCCUUUAUAAACCCGUACAAUUUGCGGUAUCUCUCUCUAAAAAACUUAUUCGCGCUCUUUUUCGCUUGACCGUAAGCUUUCGCGAAAGCUCUGCACCGUCUUUUAUCGGUAAUCACGUCGUCCUUGGACCUGUCCUCGGUAUGCACGGGAAUCGGUUGCCAGUUAAUCCGAUCGCUCCAUACCUGGUAUAAAACCAUUCAAUUUAAAUUUACAUAUAUCAAUUUAAUAGGGUGUAUUGUUUACUUGGUACCCCGCUGGUGGAUACAGACCCGCCAAAUUGGCGUAGGCAGACAUUAGAGUUCUAUCCGAAUUCGUGGAGUGAAUGUAAAUCUCGUUCGGCGAGUAAUUGUCGCUCAGGAAAUCGUUGUAGCGUCGCCGGAACCAUUUUCCCAGUUCGUACUGUCUUGCGAUACCUU